AGCAACACGCCGACAACACUCUCCCAAGGACGUACUCUGCUGCGCGUAGAGUAUGGUUGCGGCAGCGACUGCUUAGUGAUUGUGUCGGUGAACUGCAAAGAUCUUAAAGUGGUGAAACUCAAGUUAAGUGCGCGAGAGACACAAUGGUGCUCGGACUUGCGGCGAAUGUUAGUGCUUCCUCUGGCGGCAGCGUAGGUGGUUCGGGCGGGCCCGUGGUGCCCACGCCGCUGGUCGCGCUGCCUUCCCUCUCCUUCACCGCCGCCCAAGUGGCCGCCGUCUGCGAGACCCUGGAGGAGAGCGGCGACAUGGAGCGCCUGGGGCGGUUCCUGUGGUCGCUGCCGGUGGCGCACCCUCACCUGCACGACCUCAACAAGCACGAGGCCGUGCUGCGCGCGCGCGCGCUCGUCGCCUUCCACGUGGGCAACUUCAGAGAGCUGUACGCCAUCCUGGAGUCGCAGCGGUUCUCGAAGCCGUCGCACGCCCGCCUGCAGGCGCUGUGGCUGGAGGCGCACUACCAGGAGGCCGAGCGCCUGCGGGGCCGCCCCCUGGGCCCCGUCGACAAGUACCGCGUCCGCAAGAAGUUCCCCUUCCCGAGGACCAUCUGGGACGGCGAGCAGAAGACGCACUGCUUCAAGGAGCGCACGAGAUCCCUCCUGCGGGAGUGGUAUCUGCAGGACCCUUACCCGAACCCGAGCAAAAAGCGGGAGCUGGCCUCCGCCACCGGCCUCACGCCCACGCAAGUCGGAAACUGGUUCAAGAAUAGACGGCAGCGCGACAGAGCCGCCGCCGCUAAGAACAGGUAA